GAAGAACAGAUUGGCAUUUAUGUGUGGUACAGCAAGAACAAGCCACAAUCAGAUACCUUGCUAACCAGGCAUGGAAAUGCCAUCUUUAAGAAUAAGCAACAGAAUCUGGAUGAUAAGAUGGAUUUGAGCUAUUUAUUGAAGCCCAUUCAAAUAAUGAGCGAGUAUGCACUUCUACUGAAAGAUAUGAUCAAGGAGUGCACAAAAGCCCAGGAGCAGGAACUCAGUGAUCUGAGGGCUGCUGAGGAGAUGGUGAAAUUCCAACUACGCCAUGGAAAUGACCUGCUUGCUAUGGAUCCUAUUCAAGGAUGUGAUGUUAAUUUGAAAGAGCAAGGGCAGCUGCAGUGUCAGGAUGAGUUUAUUGUUUGCUGUGGAAGGAAGAAGUAUUUGAGGCAUGUCUUCCUCUUUGAAGAUCUUACCUUGUUUAGCAAAACAACAAAGAUUAAUGGGGUAUAUGACGUCUAUAUGUACAAACAGUCACUCAAGACAGCCAAGAGUGGAAUGACAGAGAAUGUUGGAGAUAGUGGUCUGAGGUUUGAAAUUUAGUUUUGAAGGAGAAGAUCACCCCAGGACGCAUACAUCCUUCAAGCAACCACAGCAGAAAUUAAUAUUACACGAUCUAAUAACAUAGGAAAGAUUCUUUGGAGACAGGCUCUGAGGAUUCAAGAACUUCAAAUGCAAGAGAUGGCAUCGAUGGGAAUAGACAAUAAAGCUUUCAUGGAUAUCAAACCCAGUGAAGCAGCCAUGGGCAAUCAAGCUGUUGACUACCUCAUGAAGGGAAAAGAGCCAAGAUCUCAAGCAUCAAUAGCAAUGUCUGUCUUUGACCAUUUCACACCACUAAGGAGACCACAUUCUACUAUAACUAGUAGUAGCACAUCUUCCUCAAGCACCCAGACAUCAUCGUCCAUUCUAGGUUCAUUGAGCCUGCAUGUCUUCUCCAGCCCAUCACAUUCAGGGUUCUUAGGACUACCCUUCUACCACUGGUCAUACAAUAUUAGCACCUGCAUUGAGGAAGAUGAACUGGAGCAAGAAACAGGAAGUCAGCCUUCAAUUAGUAAGUGGAUUUCUGCAUUGGCUGAAGAGGAUAUUUUUCACAUGGUAGUUGUAGAGGACAAUGGUAUUAAUCUGAAUCCUGGCUUCUCAAAAGAAUGGACCCAUGAUAAUUUGUAUAAUUGGGAAGCAGUAGAGAAGCAGCUAAAUGCUGCAAGGCGUUCAACUAAAGAUGGGAAAGAUAAAGGUAUAAUCUCUAAAAUGUUUGGAACAUGCUUAGAAGCUGCAUGUAGAGAAAGAGGGGAAACAACCUGUAAAAUGCAAGAUCUGCAGGAUGAGAUAGAGAGACGUAAAACCACCGAACUGCUACUAUCAGUAAAAAUAGAACAACUGCAAAAACAGCUUAAGGAAGCUCAAUUGAAAGAACAAAAAUUAGGAGAAUGUGUUGAAAUUAUGUUAAUGCAAGCUCCGAAACCUCCUGACAUAGUUAAAAUCAGAAAACUGAUAGUGUCCCCUGAGGACUGGGAUGGUAAUAUUUGGACUAAUUCUGAUAAUAACAGCUCAGACCAGGAUGACCCCCUAUAUCCUCCUGAACCUCCUCAGUUUAUGGCCAGACCCAUUAUAAAAACUGAAAUACAAACAGGUCCCCAAGGAGGGCGAGGUCCAAGUACUCGCAAAACAAUCCCAUUUGACCCUGGUAGUGCUUCAAUUCCACCUGAUACCUUGGAAAAAAUAGAAGUUUUACAGCCUCCCCAGUCCAAAAAGGAACUCCAGCAAACGUUGGGAACGUUACAAUAUUGGAGGAAACACAUACCUGGAUUCUCAGACCCCUCUACUCCCUCCUAUGGAAAGGAAAGGUAUGGGAAUGGACGGAAGAGCAUAACAAAGCUAUGA